CCCGGCUCGAGUCGUUGAGGUGCCGUUCUGUCUCUCUGUAGAGUCUUGAAGCCAAAUAAAGUUGCUUCCUUUCAACACCAAUGAGGACUUGUUCAAUUCCCGGGUUCAACACUCUUAUCCCUAAACCAAGACAAAAGUUCGGGAACAGAACUAGUUCACUGCCCUUUUCCUCCACUGUAAUACAAGUCAUCUCUCAGACAAGCUUACCCCUCGUUAUUGUUCCUCCCCGUUCUUCUAUCUCAAGCCAUCUCUCCCCAUCAGACAUCCCUCAGAAAUCAGAAGAAUGGUUUGCCUUAAGGAAAGACAAGCUAACCACAAGUACAUUCAGUACAGCACUCGGCUUCUGGAAGAAGAAUCGUCGCUCCGAGCUCUGGCAUGAGAAGGUAUAUGACUCGGAGCCACGAGUGGUGGAGGACUCUGCACGGUUUGCAAUGAACUGGGGUGUACAGAUGGAAUCAGCUGCUAUAGAGAGGUACAAAAGAAUCAUGGGGUGUGAGGUUGGUUCAAUGGGGUUUGCUCUUCACUCUCAAGAGCAGUUUCACUGGCUUGGUGCAUCUCCAGAUGGAGUACUCGAUAUUGGGAUUCUAGAAGUGAAGUGUCCGUAUAACAAAGGGAAGACAGAAACUGUAUUGCCUUGGUCCAAAGUGCCGUUUUAUUACAUGCCUCAGAUGCAGGGUCAGAUGGAGAUUAUGGAUCGAGAAUGGGUGGAUUUGUACUGCUGGACGCUGAAUGGGAGUUCUGUUUUCAGAGUGAUGAGAGACAGAAGCUAUUGGAGGAUUAUCUAUGAGGUGUUGAGGGAGUUUUGGUGGGAGAAUGUGAUACCUGCAAGGGGGGCUUUGUUGUUAGGGAAGGAUGAUGCAGAGGUGAAGAAGUAUGAGCCAACGUCUACUCAUAAGCUUACUGGUCUUGCUAUUGCUAAAAGUAUAAGUUUGGCUGCGGAAUCAAAACUAGUAUGCAGAGAAAUAGCUGAUCAUGUUGAGUUCUUUUGAAAUUUAGAAAAUCUGGUAAUAUCUUUUGAUUCUUGAACUGAUGAAUCAUUGUGUCAGGUAUGAAAACUUGUUAAGGAUCAUGUAACAUAAUUUAAU